GAAAUGAGCGAUGAGAUUGAAACUUGGAAGAUAAAAAAAGAAUUAAAAAAAUUGAAGGAGAGUAAAGGAAAUGGUACCUCGAUGAUCUCUUUGGUAAUACCACCAGGUGACCAAAUAUCAAGAAUAUCAAAAAUGUUAGUUGAUGAAUAUGGAACAGCAUCUAACAUAAAGAGUAGGGUUAAUAGGUUAAGUGUUCUACGUGCCAUAACCUCAGCUCAGCAGAAACUAAAAAGUUACUCAAAAGUACCACCUCACGGUCUUGGAAUAUUUGUAGGAACCGUCUUGACAGAGGAUAACAAAGAAAAGAAGGUGAGUAUUGGAAUUGAACCAAUCAAGCCAAUAAACACCUCUUUAUACCUCUGCGAUUCCAAAUUCCAUGUGGAUGACCUUUUAAAGCUAUUUCAAGAUGAGUACAAAUAUGGAAUAGUUGUUAUAGAUGGCCAUUCCACUCUCUUUUCAACUCUUCAAGGAAACUUUAAGGAGAUACUCCAAACCCUAAACGUAGAUCUGCCUAAGAAGCACGGAAGAGGUGGACAGUCUUCGGUAAGAUUUGCUAGGCUUAGAAUUGAAAAGAGGAAUAAUUACAUAAAGAAGGUAUCUGAGAUAUGCACAAAUUUAUAUAUCACGGAUGACAAAUUAAAUGUAGAAGGAAUGAUCCUAGCAGGUCAUUCGGAUCUAAAGAAUGAACUCAGAAACAUCUUGGAUUCAAGAAUUAGAGAAAUGGUGCUUAAAGUGAUAGAUACCAAUUAUGGAGGGGAAAAUGGAUUAAAUCAGUGUAUAGAGUUAUCAUGGGAUAUACUUAAAGAUGUUAGGUAUUAUAAGGAAAAGAAAGUCCUUAAGCUGUUCUUUGAUGAGAUAGGGUUAGACAGGGGGAUGUACUGUUAUGGUAUGAGUGAUACCAUGAAAUGUCUUGAGAUGGGAAGUAUUGAAACGUUGAUGGUCUAUGAAGAACUGAAGGAGAUGAAAGGCGAUGAAUUAUUCGUUGAUUGGAUAGCAGAGAGUUAUAAGGAGUAUGGGUGUAGGUUAGAGUUUGUAUCUGAGAGGAGUGGAGAGGGAACACAAUUUUUGGAGGGGUUUGGUGGUAUUGGAGGUAUUCUUAGGUAUAGAGUGGAUCUGGAAGAGAAUCUCCAAGAUUAUUCAUCGAUAGAUGACGAGGAGAUCUUCUAA